AUGCCAAUUAAGCCAAUGAACGCCAUUGGCGAAGGUCAGAGUACGUCUUUUCGUUGUCCCCAUGUGAGGCGGUCCGAUCCUGAGCUUGAGGACCUUAUUUUGCAGUUAGAAUACUUCGACGCCUUGAAUCACUAUUCUAAAGCUCUUACCGUGGAGUUAUACAGAAGUACUUUGGAUCUAAUUCAUGGCUCUUUCGAAGUUGUUUAUCAGCUGCAAAUUCUCUUCUCCAAGAACUUGGGGGAGGAGACUCGCAACCCUGUAACUAAAACGUUGGAGGAGGAGUUCGUUCAAGGUUACUAUUAUACUUUGGGAGACAUUGCCAACAAAGCUAUGCCCAUCUUAGAGAGCACUUUUAAAAAGUCGGAACAGAAAUGUGCCAAGUUAGAUAAGAUUAUCGCUUCGGUAAAGUUUAAAGUCGUGAAGCAUGAUAUGUACUCACAAUACUUCGAAGGAUGUAAAGUCUGCUCAAGAAGAGAUUCAAAUCAUUUGAGAGGUAUUUCGAGGAUAAAACGGAAGGACUCAGAGAUGUUAAAGAAAUAUGGGAGAUUGAAAGCAUUCCUUAAAGAGGAACUACCUCUUUUUAACCAGUACUAUGAGGACUUCACUACGAAAUUGUUAGCUUUGCAAGCAUCAGCCCAAGAGGAAAUUGCAAACAUAGUGAUCAAGGACUUAGCUGGUUUCUACAAAGUAUGGAAUAUUGAUAUUGACGAUGGCAUCCCGAUGAAUGAAGAGGAUUCAUCUAAUACUUCGAGAAAUAAAGUUUGCGAGUGA